UUCUGGCGGGGUCCUCGCUUCCUGCCUUCUGAUUGGUUGCCGGUGAAUCCGCUUGACAACCGCAACCCAGGAGAAUAGAGAGACACACACAGGAUCGGCGGCCCGGGGACCGGGAAACGGAGACUGGGAGCGAGUCACCGGGGGCCACACACCGACACGGAGCACAGAGCCCGGCCUCAGGAGCACCGCACCGGCGGACACCGCCAUCAGAUAAUCACAAUGACGGCCGAGGAGACUGUGAAUGUGAAGGAAGUGGAGAUUACGAAGUUAAUUCUAGAUUUCCUGAACACCAAAAAGUUGCAUAUUAGCAUGCUGGCUCUUGAGAAGGAGAGUGGCGUGAUAAAUGGCCUCUACUCUGAUGACAUGCUUUUCCUCAGGCAGUUGAUUUUAGACGGGCAGUGGGAUGAAGUGCUACAGUUUAUCCAGCCUCUGGAAUGCAUGGACAAGUUUGACAAAAAAAGGUUUCGGUACCUUAUCCUGAAACAGAAGUUUUUGGAAGCUCUGUGUGUCAACAAUGCUAUGUCAGCAGAAGACGAACCACAGCAUUUGGAGUUUACAAUGCAGGAAGCUGUGAAGUGCCUCCACUCAUUGGAAGAGUAUUGCUCCUCUAAGGACGACUACAGUAAACUGUGCCUGCUACUUACACUUCCACGGUUAACUAACCACACUGAGUUCAAGGACUGGAAUCCAAGCACAGCACGUGUACAUUGCUUUGAGGAGGCUUGUGCUAUGGUGGCAGAGUUCAUCCCAGCUGACCGUAAGCUGAGUGAGGCUGGCUUCAAAGCCAGUAAUAACCGUCUGUUCCAACUAAUUAUGAAAGGCUUGCUCUAUGAGUGCUGUGUGGAGUUCUGUCAGAGCAAGGCCACUGGGGAAGAGAUCACAGAGAGUGAGGUGCUGUUGGGGAUAGACCUUCUCUGUGGCAAUGGUUGUGAUGACCUAGACUUAAGUCUUCUGUCUUGGCUGCAGAACUUGCCUCCGAGUGUCUUUUCCUGUGCUUUUGAGCAGAAAACCCUAAAUAUUCAUGUGGACAAACUUAUGAAGCCCACCAAGGCUGCCUAUGCUGACCUUCUUACUCCUCUCAUUAGUAAGCUGUCUCCAUACCCAUCCUCUCCUAUGAGACGCCCACAAUCCGCUGAUGCGUACAUGUCACGCUCCCUUAACCCAGCACUUGAUGGACUUACUUGUGGGCUGAGUAGUCAUGAUAAAAGAUCAGUUGAACCAGGAAGCAAGACAUCUCCCAUGUCCCAUUCAUUUGCCAACUUUCAUUACCCCGGUGUACAGAACCUUAGCCGCAGUCUGAUGCUGGAAAGCUCUGACUGUCACAGUAUUUAUGAGGAGGCUUCAGAGAGUCCCAGUAGAAGUGAAACUCCCCAGGAGAAGGAGAUUCCUAGCAGUAGCGAGACCCUGUGUCGGAGUUUGAGUCCUGAAAAUGAGCCACAGACCGCAGCACCAAAUCAAGAACAAGGGAAACCAGAAAAAAAUGAGCUUCGGGAAUCCACAGAACAGUUUGAGGAGUAUUACCGACAGAAGUUACGCUAUCAGCAGCACCUAGAACAAAAGGAACAGCAGAGGCAGCUGUAUCAGCAGAUGUUGGCUGAAGGAGGAGUGAACCAAGUGGAAGAUGUAGAACAGCCCCAGAAUCUCACUGAACAAUUUCUCAACAGGUCCAUCAGGAAAUUGGGAGAACUCAAUGUGGGAAUGGAUCCUCUUGGAGAGGAGAGCAAUGGAACGAGUAAACCGCAUAAUGGUCCAAAAGAGAGCUGCCUUCCAGCGACCAAUGGCCAUUCUCCUCUGGGAACAUCUACCCUGGAGAGGAGCAGCCAACAGCCAGAUGGUCAGAGCAUUAGUACCAGCACACCACGUAAAAAAGGAAGCAGCAGUCUCAUACCAUUUCCAGAGGAGUCCCCUGUCUUUGGAAGUACAAAUUCAAGAGAACAACCACUCUUUGAAGAAUCUGGAGGUGCUGGAGCGAGGAAAAGUUCUGUGCCUGAUAGCAAAUCGAAGCAGCAGUUUACCUGCAUCACCACCCUUGAAGACACGCAGGCAGUACGUGCUGUGGCCUUCCACCCAACUGGCUCACUGUAUGCUAUUGGCUCUAACUCCAAAACUCUGAGAGUAUGUGCCUACCCGGAUAUAGCAGAUGCCAGUCCUGCAAACAACCCAUCACAGCCAGUGGUUCGAUUUAAAAGGAACAAGCACCAUAAAGGGUCCAUUUAUUGUGUGGCCUGGAGCCCGUGUGGGCAGCUGCUUGCCACUGGAUCAAAUGACAAAUAUGUUAAAGUGUUACCCUUCAACGCUGAGACCUGCAAUGCAACAGGUCCAGACUUGGAGUUCAGCAUGCAUGAUGGUACUAUACGAGACUUGGCAUUCAUGGAAGGUCCAGAGAGUGGAGGUGCAAUAUUAAUUAGUGCAGGAGCUGGAGAUUGUAACAUUUACACUACUGACUGCCAGCGUGGACAGGGUCUUCAUGCAUUAAGUGGGCACACAGGACAUAUACUAGCACUCUAUACCUGGAGUGGUUGGAUGAUUGCAUCAGGCUCACAGGAUAAGACUGUGAGAUUUUGGGACUUGAGAGUGCCCAGCUGUGUGCGGGUUAUUGGAACCACUUUCCAUGGCACUGGUAGUGCAGUUGCCUCUGUAGCGGUGGAUCCCAGUGGGCGGCUACUAGCCACAGGCCAGGAAGACUCUAGCUGUAUGCUAUACGAUAUCAGAGGAGGCCGCAUGGUGCAGAGCUAUCACCCCCACUCCAGUGACGUGCGUUCAGUCCGCUUUUCUCCUGGCGCCCAUUAUUUGCUUACUGGUUCCUAUGACAUGAAAAUCAAAGUUACAGACUUGCAAGGAGACCUCACAAAGCCUCUUCCAACUAUUGAGGUAGGAGAGCACAAGGAUAAGGUGAUCCAAUGCAGGUGGCACACGCAAGAUCUCUCCUUCCUUUCUUCUUCUGCUGACAGAACUGUUUCACUUUGGACUUACAAUCCAUAGCCCUGGACUUCAUAAAGGGCCAUGCUGGUGUUCUGCUGGAGGCUGAUUAUUAGCAGUUUCCAUCGGGCUACUGUGGUUGUGAUGCUGUGGUUAACUCCUAUGCUACCUGGGAGCAGAGAAGCUCUUCAUUUGCAGUCUCAAUAACCAAACAAAUGACCGCAUGACAUCCUGCAGAUACAAAGUGGGUCCAUUGCUUUGCUAAUCUGAGAAGUAGCAGAUGGCUGGCUGCGGGAUGCCUUGCUCAUUCAUCUAGUUUCCAUUAUUAUUCCUGAUUUAGGAAAUGUUAGAUUGUAGCAUUGUGGAGAAAAGGACAGAAUAAAACUAUCGCAGGCCAACACCGGGGGCAUUACUAUUGAUCUUUAAUAUAAUACUACAGGAUCACACAUUGCAACAUGAGUCAAGGUUACCUCGGCUACAUUAUUUUAAUUGUAUUUUAUUAAACAUUUUUAGUCUUGUCACUUCCCAUGCGUAAUAAAAGGAUUAAUAUGCAGUUUUGAAUGUUGAAAGGAAAAGCAACUAUUUAGCAGGAUAGUUUACAGAAAACUCUAAACAGUAUUGUCAGUUAAAAUGUAAUUUAAGGUGUUCAGGACAGGUGUGUAGAACAUUAAAAUAUCACAUUUUGAUAUCAUUAACCUACCUUCAUAUGCAGAUGAAUUGCCUGAGUGGAAAUUUGCACAUGGGGUCUGGUCAACAUUACAAAGUAGGCUGAACUCUUGAAUCUAAAAAUCUCCUCUUUUUUCUUUUCUAUCUACUAUAUGCAUUUUGUGUACAAAUGUCACCUGUCCAAAACACAUUGUGGUUUAUUCACUAAACAGAGGGUUGUUGUGUGGCUGACUAGCAAGAUUUAGGUCAAAAUAGUGGGGGUGUGGUCGGUGGAAGAAAGAAUAAAAAAAAAAGUUUGAACCUUUUCUGACUCUUAGAUUUUGGCCAACAAUUUCCAAGUUGAUUCCUGAUUUACAAUGGUGAACACUCUUAAAAGGACACUCCACUGCCCAAAUACAAAGAAAAAAAACCACUGCUUAGUAGAUAUACCCCCCAAAUAAAAACUUGCAUGGGUUUAAUUAUGCAUUUUUCAAAAGGGGUUAUAUCUAAAAACAGCUUGCAAAAUCUGCAGUUCUCUUGUCUGCAGCCUUUGCAAACUUUCUAACCCAGACACACUUUCUUAGUGCAGCUGAAUGAGAAGUCUUUGCAAGGCCGAUGCAUUGGUUAAUUGCUGCCUCUUGAGUUUAGUUUCACUGAGCUAAACAACCAGGAAGUAAGAAGGCAUAUUCUCUGCUUGAAAU